AUGAGUGGUAGAAGUAAUAGUAUUAGUGGUGGAUCAGCUUCAAUUAGUAAUAGUAUUUCAAGUAAUUUAUCAAAAGAAGAAUUCACGAGAAAUAAAGUGAUUGAAGAGGUUAGAGAUGAAUAUGAAAGAAAGAUAUCAGCGAUUGUAUUUUGUUUACAAGAGAAAUCAGAAGAGAAUACAGAUUUAAAUUCAACAAUAAAGAAAUUAACCGAUGAAGCAAAGAAAACUGAAGAUAGCACCAAUAAAGUAAUCGAGGGAUUACAUGAGAUUACAAGUCACAAAGAUGAAGAAAUGUUAAAAGAAAGAAAGAAAUCACAAGAAUUGGAAAGAAGAAUUCAAACAAUGUCUGAACUAUUUGGUGAAAUGGCUGAUGAGAAUGUAAAAUUAAAAGAGAUUCUUGAAGAUACUCGUUUAAGAAUGAUUCAAAAUCAAAAAGAUUUCAAUAAAGAAGUUUCAUUAGAAGUUAAAAGACAACAACAAAAAUCACACCAACAGCAGCAACAAAAUGGUAAUAAAUUAUUCUCUGGUUUAUCAAAGCUUAUACCAGGUACACCCAAUGGUAAUGGUAAUGCUAAUGGUAGUUCAAGUACUACAUUGGUUGUCACACCAUCGUCAUCACCAAGAAAAGAGAAUUCUUUUAAUUUAAAUAAUAAUGGUUAUAAUGGUAGUAGUAAUGGUACAACACCACCAAAUAGUGCAAUGACACCAACUUCACCAACAUUACCAUCACAUGGUAGUUCAUCGAAUUUAUUAUCAACUGAACAAAUUAUAUUGAAUAGUUUAGAAGAGAUUAAAAAGAUUGAAGAUUUAAUUGGUUUAGAUUUAAUUCUAUUAACUGAUGAAAAAUGGACAAAUAAAUUUAGAGAUGCCUCUAUUAAAAUGAUUACAAAAUCAUUGUUAAUUAAAAUUAUAGAUAAGAUUGAAGCCGAUCAAUCAAAAGCACAAGAUACAAUUGAAAAGUUACGUUUAUCAGUACAAGAUUUAGAAUCAAGAACUGAUGAUCUCACUCACGAGAUUCAAUUAUCUUCUGAAAAGUUAAAGCAAACUGAAGAAUCUUGUUUCAAAGAGAAACAACGUGGUGACUCUUUUAGAGAUAGUGCUGUAGAAUAUGAAAAGAAAAUUAAAGAUAUCGAACAAAGAAUGUAUGAUAAUCUAAAUAAAGAAUCACAACGUCGUGUUGAUGCUGAAUAUAAUCUAAAGAGAAUGAAGAAAAAAGUUGAAGAAUUACAAUUCAUGUUGGAUCAAAUGAAUGAAGAUAGUUCUGAUGAUGAUGAUGACGAUGACGAUGACGAUGAUGAUGCCGUUGAUAGUGAUGAUAGUGAUGCAAGUUCUGAUAGUUCUGAUAGUUCUGAUGAAGAUAAUGGUAAAAAUAAAAAAUCAAAUUUAAAAUCUUCAAAAAGUGCUAAACAAAUUGAUACUUCUUCCACUUUAUCAUCUGAAAAUUCAAAAAAACAAAAAGAAGAUGAUGAAAAAGAAAAACAACGUAAACAACAAGAAGAGGCAAUAGCUGAAAAAAAAAGAUUAGAAGAUGAGGAAAAAAGAAUAGCAAAUGAAAAGAAGAAACAAGAAGAAGAAAAAAAACGUAAAGAAGAAGAGAAAAGAAUUGCAUUGGAAAAGAAAAAACAAGAGGAUGAAGAGAAAAGGAUUGCAUUGGAAAAGAAAAAACAAGAAGAUGAAGACAAGAGAAUUGCAAUGGAAAAAAAGCGUAAAGAAGAAAAAGAAAAAGAAGAAAAAAGAAUUGAAAUGGAGAGGCAACGAAAAUUAGAGGAAGAGAAAAAAGAACAAGAGAAAAAGAAAUUAGAACAAGAGAGAGAAGCAAAAUUAGAAAAUGAACGUAGAUUAAGAGAAGAGAAAAAACAAAAAGAAAGAGCUGAUAGAGAAGAAAAAGAAAGAUUAACUGUUGAACGUUUAGCAAAAGAACGUGAAUUGGUUCAACAAGAACGUGAAUUAAAAGAAAAACAACUAUUAGAUAAAAUUAAAAAAGAUAAACAAGAAAAAUUAGAAAAAGAAAAAUUAGAAAAAGAAAGAUUGGAAAAUGAAAAAUUAGAAAAUGAAAGAUUGGGAAAAGAGAAAUUAGAAAAAGAGAAAUUAGAAAAUGAAAGAUUAGAAAAUGAAAGAUUAGAAAAUGAAAGAUUAGAAAAUGAAAGAUUAGAAAAUGAAAGAUUAGAAAAUGAAAGAUUAGAAAAAGAAAGAUUAGAAAAAGAAAGAUUAGAAAAUGGAGAGAAAUUAGAAAAAGAGAAAUUAGAAAAAGAGAAAUUAGAAAAAGAAGAAUUAGAAAACAAAAGAAAUGAAGAAGAGUUAUUAUUAAAACAACAACAACAACAAAAAGAAAAAGAAGAAAAAGAAGAAAAAGAAAAAGAAGAAAAAGAAAAAGAAGAAAAAGAAAAAGAAGAAAAAGAAAAAGAAAGAAUUGAAUUAGAAAAACAAAAAGCAGAAGAAGAAGAAGAAGCAGAAAAAUUAAGAAAACUAAAGGAACAAGAAGAAGAACAAAAAUUAGAAUUAAAAAGAAUUAGAGAUGAACAAAAGAAGAUUGAUGAUGAAAAAGAAAGAAUUGAAAAAGAAAAUAUUGAAAAAGAAAAACAAAGAAUCGAAAAUCAAGAAAAAGAGAGAUUAGAGAAAUUACAACAAGAACAACAAAGAUUAUUUGAUGAACAAGAAAAAAAAUCAAAAGAAAUUGAAAUUCAAUUAUUAAAAGAGGAGAGAGAAGAACUUGAAGCUGAAAAAGCACGUUUAGCCUCUCUAAAAAGUGAAGCUGCUGCCGCUCGUUCAAGAUCAAAUUCUAGCACUUCAAACUCUUCAAAUAAUAGCUCCUCUUCAAAUUUAAAUCACAAUAAUACUAAUAAUAAUAAUAAUAAUAAUAAUAAUAAUAAUAAUAAUAAUAAUAAUAAUAAUAAUAAUAAUACUUCAACUGACAAUUUAAAUGAAAGCAAUGGUUCAGUAACUCCACCACCAACAAGUGUCAGUAGAAGACAAAGUAUAAGUAGUGGUAUCGGUUCAUUAUUAAAGAAAGCUGUACCAUCCUCACCAUCCUCUUCAAAAGAAGAAAAGAAAGAAAAAGAUGAUACAUUAAAUAAAUCUUCUGCAUCUUUAACAAAAGAAGAAAAGAAAGAAAAAGAAAAAAUUGAAAAGGAACUAAAAGAAAAAGAAAAACGUGAAAAAGAAGAAAGAAAGAAAAAAGAAAAAGUAGAGAAAAAAGAAAAAGAAAAGCGUGAAAAAGAAGAAAAGAAAAAAGAGAAAUCAGUUAAAUAA